GCUUGUCAGAUGGGUUGCCGACGGGACAGCAAUUGCGAGAUAAAUGCUAGAUCUUCAUCUUCUCUGUUUCUCUUUGCUUGUAUUUCAGUCACUCAAUAGAUUCACAUCAAUUCAGUAAGCAAAGUAUAUAGAGAGAUCAUCGUAGGAGAGAGAAGGAAGACCGUGACUUUUCUUGAGGAUAAGGAGAGGAAUUUAAAGCCAUGGGAGGUUGUGUGUUGGGCUCGGCCAGAUCGGGGCAAACGGUAAUGGUGGCUCUCGUGCUGGUGGUUGGAUCAUUUUUCGCCGGCUAUAUUUUCGGCAACAAUUCACCCAUUUACAUUCCCCAAGCUUCUUCCAAUUCUUCUUCUUCUUCUCCAUCUCCAUCUGGUCCAUCAAGUUUUGCUAACAAGAUAUCUCUCACUCACCGGAGAACCCCUGCCGUGAUCCCAGAAAGUGGGAUGAAUGUUUGUCCAUUGGAGUUCAAUGAGUACAUCCCUUGUCACAAUGUCACUUACGUGCAACAGCUUCUCCCAAGCUUGAAUGUUUCCAAAAGAGAAGAGCUUGAGAGACACUGCCCGCCACUUGAACACCGUCUGUUUUGUCUGGUACCUCCGCCGAAAGAUUAUAAGAUACCUAUACGUUGGCCUACAAGCAGAGAUUACGUAUGGAGAAGCAAUGUGAAUCAUACACAUCUUGCUGAGGUCAAAGGCGGGCAAAACUGGGUGCACGAACAAGGUCAGCUAUGGUGGUUCCCUGGUGGUGGUACUCAUUUCAAACACGGAGCUCCAGAGUACAUCCAAAGGUUAGGAAACAUGACGACUAACGAAACAGGUGACCUACGUUCAGCUGGUGUUGAACAAGUUCUUGAUGUUGGAUGCGGAGUUGCUAGCUUUGCAGCUUAUCUUCUUCCUCUAGGUAUACAAACCAUGUCCUUUGCUCCUAAAGAUGGUCAUGAAAACCAAAUCCAGUUUGCGUUGGAGAGAGGAAUCGGCGCAAUGAUCUCUGCCAUAGCCACCAAACAAAUGCCAUAUCCCGCAGCCUCGUUUGAUAUGGUUCACUGUUCAAGAUGCCGUGUUGAUUGGCAUGAAAAUGAUGGUAUCUUGAUCAAAGAGGUGAAUCGUCUUCUCCGACCCAAUGGGUACUUUGUUUACUCAGCACCGCCUGCUUACAGAAAGGAUAAAGAUUUCCCUGCGAUUUGGGAUAAGUUGGUCAAUCUAACGACCGCAAUGUGCUGGAAGCUCAUUUCCCGAAAGGUACAGACUGCAAUAUGGGUGAAAGAAGAUGACGAGGCUUGCCUCAGGAAGAAUGCAGAGCUUGAGCUCAUAACUAUAUGUGAUGUGGAAGAUGUUUCGAAAGCUUCAUGGAAAGUUCCUCUUAGAGACUGUGUGGACGUUAGUAAGAACAUACAACAAAAGUCAUCUUCUUUAUCUGAACGUCUAUCGGCAUACCCAACAAGCCUUAGAAAAACAGGCAUCAGCGAAGAUGAAUUUACAUUGGACACAAACUUCUGGAGAGAAGAAGCGAAUCGUUACUGGGAGUUGAUGAAUGUUAACAAGACGGAAGUGCGGAAUGUGAUGGACACAAACGCCUUCAUCGGUGGAUUUGCUGCAGCUAUGAACACAUAUCCCGUUUGGGUGAUGAACGUUGUGCCUGCCACAAUGAACGAUACGUUAUCCGGAAUUUACCAGAGGGGCUUAACCGGUGCUUACCAUGAUUGGUGUGAGCCAUUCUCAACAUAUCCACGCACAUACGAUCUGCUACACGCAGACAAUCUCUUGUCUCACUAUCAAACCCGUGGUGAAGGUUGUGUACUAGAGGACAUCAUGCUUGAGAUGGACCGCAUCAUACGCCCUCAGGGAUUCAUCAUCAUUAGGGACGAGGAAUCGAUCAUCUCAAGAGUUCGAGACUUGGCUCCUAAAUUCCUUUGGGACGUUGAGACACAUGACCUGCAAAAUAAAUACAAGAAGACACAAACUGUUCUAUUUUGCAGAAAGAAGUUCUGGGCAAUCCUCUGAAACAUUCACCAGCGAACAUAGAAAUUCAGUUUUGUAAUCUCUUUGGUUGUUAAAGAGAAAAGAAAUUGAUGAUUGCUUAUGUAACUUUUGUUCAUUUGAUUGAUCAGUCUGUACAUGUUUUUGUUUCGCCCACAUUCAUAACCAAACCUAGCAUUAGUCGAUUUUUGUGAUUCAAAAGAAAGUUUCGGGUGUGUAAUGUAAUUUGACGAAGUUUAUAUUCAGAAAUUGUUUUCGUAUUGGACCUUGUGGUUUUAGACAUUUGCUAGUUUGCUGCCGUCUCUUCCUUUGAAGUCGUCAAAUCUCUCCGUUUCGUCUUCUUCGUUCUUCAAUUUCUCGGAUUUCGUCUACGGCGGAAACUCUCAUCGUUCCCGCCUUCGUUUUUUUGCCCCGAGAAGACUGAUCCUUGAAUCCGAAAACAGAUUUUCGUCUCUGAUCUUCCAAACCAUUUGUAAUUUUUCACCACUCUGUGACUGAGCUUGGGGUUCGCGGGAUUAAUUUAGUCGACAGAUUCUAAACUGUUGUUCAGCGGUAGCUGAUUAAUGCAAAUGGAAAAGCUGAAGGAAGCUUUGCAUUUCAUAUGCUCAUCUGAUUUCUGGAGGAUGGCUUUGCUUUGGAGCGUUUCCCUCCUUUUCUCUUACUUUCAAUUGCUUAAAAGAAGGAUCUUUGGCUCAAAAUCGAGUUCCACCUCUUCUUCCUCCAGUCAUUCACAGAGACCUAUCUGUAUUAUCACUGGUGCUACUUCGGGGAUUGGUAAGGCCACUGCCUUUGCUCUUUCAAGGAAGGGUUUCUACGUCAUUCUUGUUGGACGGUCCUCCCACGCACUAUCAAAGACGUUGAGUGAAAUUAAGAGGCAGAACGAGGAUGCACGAGUCAAAGCUUUUGAAGUUGACAUGUCUUCUUUUCAAUCAGUUUUCAAGUUCAGAAACUCUCUUGAGCAAUGGCUAUUAGAGUCAGGUCUACGUUCUUCGAUCCAACUGUUGGUGAACAACGCAGGAAUACUGGCAACGUCGAGCCGGCCAACCAUUGAAGGCUUUGACAGGAUGAUCGCUACAAACUAUAUCGGUGCAUUCUCUUUGACAAAAAUUCUGUUACCGCUUCUGAGAAACAGCCAUGUGCCUUCACGAGUUGUGAACGUUACAUCUUUUACACAUCGUUCUGCUUUUUCUGCGAGGUUUGACAAGGACUCUGUUACCGGAGUGUACUCUUCAGGACCAAAGCAAUAUCCUUGCGCUAGGAUCUAUGAGUAUUCUAAAUUAUGCCUGUUACUUUUCUCAUACGAGCUGCAUAGACAGCUUCGCCUCACUGAUGACUCUCAUCACGUCUCUGUUGUAGCGGUAGAUCCAGGAGCAGUGAAGACAAACAUAAUGCAUGAGCUUCCUUCAUACAUUCAAGUUAUGGCGUUUUGUGCUCUCAAGAUUCUUAGACUCAUGCAGUCCCCAGAGGAAGCAGCUGAAUCUGUCAUUGAUGCUGCUUUAGCUCCACCUGAAAGAUCAGGUAAAUAUUUCUUUGGAGGAAAGGGGAGGACCAUCGACUCUUCAGCGAUUUCCCGUGAUCCGAAACUCGCCAAGGAACUCUGGGACACAUCAUGUCUCAUAUUUAACGAAUUGCAGCAAAGAAACUCUUGAAGAUCAACUGUUUUCUAUACAAUUGUAGUUUAUUCUGAUGACAUAGUCAUAGGAUCCAAAAUGUAGCAACUCUCUGAUUUGUUCUAGAGUGUCACCGAGAUUCUCAAAAUGAGGCGUUGCCGUAAAUAAAACAAAGCUCGGGCGCAUUUUUAUAAAUACAUCGGAGUUAUGGGUCAGUAAAGCAAAUACAC